AUGCUAUCACAUGACCUUGGGGCCAUUAUCCGGAGCAAAUGUCCAAUGAAUCAUGGAUAUUGGGAGGAUCUUCUUGAAGAUAAGAAGAAAGACCUUACGGAUGAGAUCACUGUCAACUUUGAUAUAGACUUGGAUAUUGCUGGUCAUCGUGGUUAUAUUGAUUUAGUCAUGGCUAGGCGUUUUAGGGACUUCAAGCACGAGUUGCAUAAGCACUUUCAGCUUUUCUCAUCUCCUGAGGAGGCUUUGGCCAAACCACCUUUGGAGAUAAUUGAGAGAGAUGCAGUGCAUGAAUGGAAAUAUCUGUGUGAGCACUUUCAGUCGCAAGAUUUUUUGAGAGCAUCAAAUGCUAAUAAAGCAAACCGGUCUAAAAAGAAAAUGGAGCAUCGUGCUGGUUCAUUACCAUUCUCACACAUUGUGAUGCAGUGCGCAGAGGAGGGUUCUCAAUUUGCAGAGAUAGACGCUUUUGAGAAGGCUUAUGCGGGGAAAAACAAGCAAUGGACCAAUGAGACGGCCAAAGCUAAACAUGAUGAGAUGGUGGCGAAGAAGAAUGAGUAUCUUAAGGAGUUAGCAAAGGAGUAUCCUGAGGGCACCCCGCUAGAUGAGAUGUUAAUUGCGGAUCAAGAUGCUGGCCGUAAUAUUGUGAUGGAUAUACUUGGGAAGAAGCCAGGUAGGCAGAAAUGCGGGUUGGGAUUUGGCCGAGUUCGUGGGUCCAAAACUUUUUCUUCUCCGUCCUUAGCAUCAUCAACUAGGUUGCAACAAUUGGAGGAUCAAUUGGUAGCAGAGAGGACAGCUCGGGAGGCAACUCAGAAUUAUCUCCAGAAAAUUGUGCAACAGAUAUCAAGCAUAGUUCCCAGGUUUGUACCACCCCCAGUUGAUUUUCUAGUAACACCAGAGACGGAGCAUGUUGAUGAUGAGGAUCAUGACCAUACUUCAUUAGAAUAG